AUGGCAACUCUUAUGCCUUCAUUGUCUUCGGACGAAGAGAAGGAUCCACAUGAGGAAGAAAGCAGUGAUGAGGAGGAUAAUGACGAAAUCAACAACGAUUUUGAGUUUGGAGGAGUACUGGGCGAAGAUGGCGGAAUCCCUUCUAGCCAUGUGGAAGCCCAACAAGGAUGGUCGUACCAGACAGCUUUGGACAAUCUCAACAAGGAUAGGAAGGGAUCCACUUCCCUACCUCGAAUGGAUGUUGCCUCAUUGAUUGCAGCCAAGCGAAAAAGCCUAAAGCAACCCGAGAUCAAGAAGAACAACAACAGAGUUUCAGAAUCUUCUAGCGACGAGGGAAAUGAUAGUGACUCGUCAGAUGAAAAGGAAUCCAACAAAAAGAUCGAGGAUGAGAAUGAUGAGGAUGAUUCAAAGUCGAAAAGUGGCGAUGAAAGUGGAUCAGACGACGACGAGAGUGACUCGGAUGAUGAGGAUGACGAAGUAGAUGAUGCCGACAAGGAAAUGGAGGAGGAUAUUUUAAAGACGCGAAUGGGCGAAGAGAAACCUGUCAAAAAGGAAUCCGAGGAAGAGGAAGAAGAAGAGGACAGUGAUGCAAGUGAGGACGAGAGCUCGGAGGAGGACGAGGAUGCCGUAGAAGCUGAAAAGGCUGCCAAAUUUUUCGAGACACAGUCACCAUCAACUUCCGAGGAAGCAGAAGUCUUUGCCCAACUCACACUUUCGAGACCCUUGCUUCGUGGUAUUGCGUCUAUGGGAUAUGUCACUCCAACCAAGAUUCAAUCAUCUGUCAUUCCAGUGGCUCUGGCGGGUCGGGAUAUUUGUGCUAGUGCAGUGACGGGGUCAGGAAAAACUGCUGCCUUUUUGCUGCCCAUUCUAGAAAAGCUACUGUAUCGAUCGCCUGGACGAAUCCAGGCUUUGGUGCUCGCGCCCACUCGUGAAUUGGCCGCCCAGUGCAUUGGUAUGAUGUCGACUCUGUCGCAGUUUACAAAGAUUCAAGCCGCGUUAGUCGUCGGUGGUGCCAAGAAUGUCGCCUCACAAACGGCAGAACUUAGAGCAAGACCGCAAUUGGUGGUUGCCACACCUGGUCGUUUGUUGGAUCACAUUACCAACUCGGCGGGAGUUUCCUUGGAGGAUGUCGAAUUCUUGGUGCUGGAUGAGGCUGAUCGCCUUUUGGAUCUGGGUUUCCAUGAUGAGGUAACAGAAAUUAUCAAAGCAUGUCCAGGGGAACGACAGACCAUGCUUUUUAGUGCCACACUCAACACCAAGGUGGACGACUUGAUCAAACUCAGUCUCAAACGACCCGUUCGAGUGAAAAUCAGCAACAAGGAUGCCAAAAACAAUAAGGAUUUGGAAGUAGCACCCCGCCUGGAACAGGAAUUUGUUCGUGUUCGAUCAGGAAAUGAGGGUCUGAAUCGAGAAGCCAUGCUAUUGGCGCUCUUGACCCGAACGUUCUCUUCCCAAACCAUUGUCUUUUUUGACACCAAAGCCAAGGCACACCGCAUGAUGAUCUUAUGCGGUCUCUGUGGUAUCAAGUGUGCCGAAUUACAUGGUAACUUGAGUCAAACGCAACGAUUGGAGGCCCUUGAACAGUUCCGCAAAGGCGAGGCGGAGGUCCUGUUAGCAACCGAUCUGGCAGCUCGUGGUUUGGAUAUCAACCGCGUCAAGAGCGUGGUCAACUUUGAAAUGCCCAAUCAAGUGGAAACUUACAUUCAUCGCAUUGGUAGAACCGCUCGUGCUGGAAGAGGUGGAAAGGCGUGUACCCUAAUUGGGGAAGGUAGACGCCAUCUGAUGAAAGAAAUCAUGAAGGAUGCUUCUGACAAGAAGAAGAAGGAUGAUUCGGAAAAGAACCAGGAUCCAAGUCAAAAAAGAAGUGCUACGAUUCGGUCACGAUCCAUCCCCGCGGCAGUGAUUGCUCACUUUGCAGCAAAGAUCGCCUCGCUCGAAGACCACGUGGAAGAAGUUUUGCAGGCCGAAGCAGUGGCUCGAAUGGAUCGAGUUGCAGAAAUGGAGGCAGCUCGAGCGCAAAAUAUCAUUGAGCAUGCUGACGACAUUAAGGCCCGUCCUCAAAGGCAAUGGUUCGCCUCGGAGAAAGAUAAGAAGAUGACCAAGGAAGCCGCAGCAGAAAAGGCAAGACUGAUAAAAGAGAAGGUUGGAACCGGAACUCACAGAAUGUCUCGUAAGAAGCGAAGAGCACGAGAGGCGAUGGAGCACUUGAACAGUAUGAAUGACGACGAGGGCGAGGGCAAUCACGCCGAGAUUGAAAAUCAAAAGUCGGUUGCGAGGGAAGCAAAACGCAAGUUGGAGGAUAAACAAAGGGACAAGAGCAACAUGAGUGUCUAUGAUUUUGAUAAGGAAACUAAAAAGAAGAAGCGAAAGGGUGCCAAGGCGAUGGAUGCGGCUGGCGACAGUAGUCUCUUUAGUGACGAAGUGGUCGCCUAUGCUCCCAAGAAGAAGAAGACUGGGGAAGAAGAGGAGCGUGUCAAGAGCAACUACAGCUUCCGUGGAUACGAUCCAACCAAGGAUGGAAAGAAAAAGCCAAAGCGAAAGGGACACCACAAGUUCAAGUCGAAGAGCAAGCACAAGAGACGUUAA